AUGGAAGAACUGAUUGAACAAAACGUUUCUGUAAGAGUGGUACAGGCAGAGAAUCCCAAGGUGGCUGUAUCUUCCCAGGAGAGCCACCCAUGUGAGAGUUGUGGGCCAGUGCUGAGAUACAUUUUCCACUUGACUGAAGAGCAGGGCACACAACACAACCAGAAAUCAUUGCGGUGUGCAGCAUGUGCAAAACGAUUUUACAUCAGUACAAAGUGUCACCAGCAGCAAGAGCACCAUGUGAGAGAGAAGCCUUUCAGAAGAGGUGGGGACAGGAUCCUACUUGCAGAGGGCUGCAAUGUCAGUGUGUCCCAGAAGCUUUUCAUCUGUGGGGAGGUUGGACAGGACAUCCUCACCGAGUCAGAACAUCUCCAACAAGAGGCUACUCACACCAGGGACAGGCCAAAUGAAAUCUCGCCAUAUGGAGGAGACACUAUUCAAAAUGGAGAAAAUUAUUUCACCCUCAGUGAAUGUAAAAAACCCAUUGGCUACAACCAUGCCUAUGUUCAAAAGAAGGGUGUCCAUACUGGAAGACAGUGUUUUGUGUGCCAUGAUGGUGGAAAAAAUGUCUCCAGAAUUUCUAGGUUUUGUUAUUGUCAGAGAGUUCCAAGUGGAGAAAAGCCCCAUCAGUGCAGUGAAUGUGGGAAAUCUUUUAAAAAAUUGUCUCAACUUCGUUGUCAUCAGACAGUUCACACUGCAGAAAGGCCCUAUCAGUGCAGUGUAUGUGGGAAGUCUUUUAAAAGAAGAAGUAGCCUCUAUUUGCAUGAGAAAAUUCACACUGGAGAAAGGUCUUAUGAAUGUAGUGAAUGUGGGAAAUCUUAUCUGACUAAAAGUAGUGUACUUCAUUGUCAUGAAAGAGUUCAUACUGGAGAAAGGCCUUAUGAGUGCAGUGAAUGUGGGAAAUCCUUCUUCCGAAGUAAAACUGGCCUUCGUUGUCAUCAGAAUAUUCACGUGGGAGAAAAGCCUUAUGUGUGCAGUGAAUGUGGCAAAUCUUACCACAGUAAAACUCGCCUUCGUUGUCAUCAGAAUAUUCACACAGGAGAAAAGCCUUAUGUGUGCAGUGAAUGUGGCAAAUCUUAUCACAGUAAAAGUGGCCUUCAUCGUCAUCAGAGUAUUCACACAGGAGAAAAGUCAUAUGAGUGCAGUGAAUGUGGGAAAUCUUAUCACAGUAAAACUGGCCUUCGUAGUCAUCAGAUUCUUCACACAAGAGAAAGGCCUUAUGAGUGCAGUGAAUGUGGGAAAUCUUACCGUAGUAGCUCUGGCCUACGUUAUCAUCAGAAUUUUCAUACAAGAGGAAAGCCUUAUGUGUGCAGUGAAUGUGGGAAAUCUUAUUGCAGUAAAAUUAGCCUGCACUAUCAUGAGAGAUUUCACACAGGAGAAAGGCCUUGUUAG